AUGGCGAGGAGACGAAACCCUGAUGGAAUUGACGAUGAGGUGAUUGCGUUAUCGCCGAAUCGACUGUUAGCCACUUACUCUUUCAUAUGCUACGUCUGCUACAAAGGUUUUACGCGUGACCAAAAUCUUGCAAUGCACCUUAAAUCCCAUAAGUUGGAAGGUAAUCUAAAACGGCGGGUGGAGAAUGGAAUCACGAGGAGAGUUUAUGUCUGUCCUGAAUCGACAUGCAAACAUCACAACCGUAACCAAGCCCUAGGCGACAUCACAGCGAUUAAGAGGCAUUAUUGCCGGAAACACUCCAAUGUGAAAAACUGGAAAUGCGGGAAUUGCUCAAAGCUAUACGCGGUCGAAGCUGACGUAAAGGCUCACGUAAAGAAAUGCAAAGUGGAAGGCACACAUAGUUCUUAUGAAAAUAUAGGAGAGAUACACCAUGAUGAUGAAGAAGAUGAUCAAGAGAAAUCAUCUUCUCUUGAAGAUGCAACUGAAAGUGCAAAUGGGUUUAUUCUUCCACCUGUUGCAUAUGAUAUGACUUUUAAUCCCAUAUUGAACGAUCCAGAUUCAGAUGAAGUGGUGAAAGUGUACAAUGAAGCUGUAUUCAGUAUCAUAGAAAUCCAGGCGAGGAGGCUUAAAGAGGCACCAUCUCUCCCUCCUAUUCCUCCAUAUUCUCAUUAUUAUGUCCCAACUUUUCUGUCUGAUCAAGAAAUGGAAUGA